UUCUCUUUUCAUCAAUUUUUCAACGGUAAUUUCAGUUUGGCUUCAGCGUUCAAAGCGAAAACAUCGUAGCGUCCGUGUUUUUCGUUUUUCGUUAUUUUCAAGUAAUUUAUCGGAAAUUUGUGCGCAUUAUGCCUCGAAAGGGUACAAAAAAUAUUCCGAAAAGGUACGGGCGCAAAAGACCGCAUUCGCAACCCCCUAAUCGCUGGGAAUUUGAAAAGAGCAAGUCGUUCACAAGCACGUCAGCGCAGAAAAUUGUACAAAGUGGCAAAUUGCGAAGUUAUGAACUAAGCGUUGAUUCAGUGUACUGCUUUUUGAACUUUGCAUUAGUUUUCAACUUUUUAUCCGAUAACGUUUUGUGCAAAGAGUGCAACGGACGAAUCGCUUUUUCCAUGCGUGAUCGGCGAGGCAUCGGUUUCAAACUGAAUUUGAAAUGCGAGUGCGGGGAAAAAACUGUUGCUUCGUGUCCACUUAUCGGUAAAGGUUAUGAAGUAAAUCGCCGAAUCGUGUUCGUUUUCCGUUUAUUAGGCCUCGGAAUAAACGGCUUGAGCAGGUUUUGUGGCAUGAUGGACAUUUGCAGCGGGAUGUCGACGACAAUAUAUUACGCUUGUGUGGAAAAUAUACAAAUCGCGACGAAAUCUGUUUACGACAUGGUUCUGAAGAAGGCUGUAGCAGAGGAGAAGAAAGAAAACGUUUCUCGAGGACUACAGGAAGAUCACUUCAUCGUUUCAGGAGAUGGCACGUGGAAAAAAAGGGGGUUUUCAUCUCUCAUUGGCGUGUCCAGUCUCAUUGCAUACCACACCAAAAAAGUUGUCGACGCCAUAGUCAAAUCGAAGUUUUGCCAAGCUUGCAGCUUUUGGGAGCAAAAAAAGGAUGAAGAUCCUACUGGUUACGAUGUAUGGCAGGAAACACACGUGGAAACUUGCACCGCAAACCACGACGGUUCCUCAGGAAAGAUGGAAACCGACGGAAUCACCGAAAUGUUUGUCCGUUCGGUAGAACUGCACGGAGUCAAAUACGUCACUUACGUCGGGGAUGGUGACAGUAAAACGUUUAAGGGAGUGCUUGAAGCCAAUCCGUAUGAUGACGUUACUGUCCAAAAAAAAGAAUGUGUUGGUCACGUCGAAAAAAGAAUGGGAACGAGAUUAAGAAAUAUGAAAAAAGGAACCAAGGGACUCGGAGGAAAAGGGGCAGGCAAACUCACAGAUAAAGCGAUCGGAGAACUCACUAAAUACUAUGGCCUUGCUAUCCGCCGAAAUUCACAUUCUGUGCAAGCCAUGAAGGACGCGAUAUGGGCCACGUAUUACCACAAGAGCUCCACGGAUAAAAAACCCCAGCAUGAGAAGUGCCCACCAGGAGAAAACAGCUGGUGUACGUGGCGUAAAGCUGAAGCGUCAGAUACUUUGUCUUUAUAUAAGCACAAGGCUCCCCUUAGUGACACUGUUUUGAAGGCUAUCGAGCCAAUUUACAAAGACUUGUCGUCGGACGAUUUGCUCCAAAGAUGUUUGGGUGCUCAUACUCAAAACAGUAAUGAGUCACUUAAUAAUAUGAUCUGGUUGCGUGCGCCCAAACAAUUUCAUUCCGGCGCAGAUAUAGUCAAUAUUGCCACGGAAUUAGGAGUGAUUAUCUUCAACGAAGGUGAGGAAUCAUUGUUAAUUGUCAUGGAUGUCAUGGGUGUCCGGAUUGGCACAUUCGCCGAGAGCUGGGUCCAUUCACGGGACAAAACAAGGAUCGAGCGCGCGGAGAGGCGGGUGACCGACGCCGCAAAAAAGGCCCGGAUUGAGCAGCGGGAGAUGUUAGCGGCUCAACAUGAGCAGCUACAAGAAGAGGAGGGAUGCCUCUAU